CGAGGUGGCGGCCUGGCGGGGGAGGCGCUAGGGUUGCGCGGCCAUGGAUGGCUAUCAGGUGGAGUCGGGUGGUUAACCAAAGUGGAAGAAGCGACCACUAAAAAGUUGGUUAACUAUUUAAUAAUAAAUGAUUAAGACAAGGCGGAAAUGACUCGAUGAGAGAGCAAAGCGAGUAGCACGGAAUCCGAUCCACCAGGAUGAGCGGCGGCGGCCGGAAGGCGGCGGGGCCCAGCGGCGAGGAGGCGGAGGUGGAGGCGCUGCUCCGGGCGGCGCAGGACGCCGUGCUGCUGAAGCUCCAGGCCAACUCCCACCUCGUCUCCUCCGCAUCCGCCUCAGCCCCGAGCGUUCCGCUCGACGGCGCCGCGGCGGCGUUGCCCGAUCCCCUGGAGGACGACCUCGCCCGCCGCUUCGACGCGCUCAAGUCCCGCGCGGCGGCGCCGAAGCCGAAGCCAGCCGGAGCUGGAGCUGCUGCUCCUGCAGCUGCUAGCGGGAUGGACGAGCUGGAGGCGCGGUUCGCGGCGCUGAAGGGGGCGGCGGGGCCGGAGAAGGAGGCGAGGGUGAGGCUGGAGGACCUGGGAGGGGAAUCGUCGGAGGACGAGGAGGAUGAGGUGGACAAGGUGAUGCGGUGGGCCAUGGACGCCGCGCGGCUCGACGUCGCCACGGCGGGCGCCGGCGCCGGCGACAAGGCCAAGCGCGCCGAGGCGGAGGAAGAGAAGGAUGAUAAGAGCAGCGUGAGUAGCGAGGAUGACGACGACGAGAGGUUGCAGCUGGAGAUGGCGAGGAAGAGGAAGGAGAUGGCCAAGAGCAAGACCAAGAGCAAGUGGUUCUUCCUCUGACACCCUAAUGUAAAUCACACAUUCCAAUCCCAAAAUCAGACUAGCAGAAAGAUCAUGUAUUUCUAUCUGAGAUUCCUCUCCAUGAUUUGUAAUGCUACAAGAUUCCAUUUUGAUAUUUGAAUCCCGAUGAACAUGACCACAA